AAUUAAGAGAGCAGAAAAAGAGAAGAACAGAAAACUGAGUUACACAAAUGUUGACGUUGGGUGAAGUCAACUAAUCAAACAAUUUUAGAAAACUAAAAUAUCUAACUUGUCUAGAUAUGGUAGAAGCGUGAAUCUGCUUCUCCCUUCUCUCCUAGAAAUCCUUUUCACUUUUAGAUUUUGAAGCAUGGACUGGAGAUUGCUUAAAGCUGCGGCUAAAGGGGACAAUAAUCUCCUUGAUCUUACCACAUUUCACCAAUCAGAAUUGGACAAGAGAACACCACAUAACAACAACGUUCUUCAUAUUGCAGCUAAACAUCAGAGGUUGGAUUUCGCCGCAGCCAUACUUAAUCUCUCCCCAUCGCUCCUCCUUACAGAGAACAACAAUGGAGACACACCUCUACACGUGGUAGCUAGUGUUGGUUCCCUUGAAGUUUCGAAACUUUUUGUCAGUUCAGCCAAUCAAGUAACUUCAGAUGUCGAAAACCGGGGAUUAACCGACACACGGAAACAACUAUUGAGGAGUACUAACAAGCAAAAUGAUACAGCCUUAAAUGUUGCAUUAAAGAAUGGACAUGUUCAUGUAGCUAAGUUCUUUGUUGAAGAAGACACAGGAUUGCUAAUGCUAGAUAUGGCCAAUAGCAACUUAGUAUCUCCUUUGUACUUAGCUAUUGAAAGAGGGCUUUUCGACAUUGCUAAUAAUAUUCUGGAUAUAUCUCCUCUGGUUUCCUGUAAAGGGCCUAAAGGUAUGAAUGCUCUGCACGCCGCUGUGGACUCCGACAUUGUCAGCACCGGUUUCUUGAGAAAAUUGACGGAGAAAAGGCCAGAAAUGAUCAAAGAAGUUGAUGUUAUCGGAUGGACACCUCUUCAUUAUUCGCUAUGGCUAGGGAAAACCAAGAUAACUCAACUCUUUCUUCAACAAGAUAGCUCGGCUGCUUAUAUAUCUGAUAAGGAAGGACAAUGUCCGCUUCAUCUUGCGGCGUCUACUGGUCAAGUUGAUGCAUAUAGAGAGCUUGUUCGUAGCUGCCCUUAUGUUUGGGAACUAGUUGAUGGUAAAGGCAGAACAUCUCUUCACUCUGCAGUCAUAUCAGGACAAAGAGGAAUCAUUCACUGUAUUCUAGAGAUGCCUGAGAUUUCUCUUUAUCUGUUGAACGCAAGCGAUGCAGAUGGAAACACACCUUUCCAUCUAUCGGUUAGUCACAAAUGUUACUCCAUAUUGCUGCUUCUUUUACGCAACAAGCGGGUGGAUAAACAUGUUAUGAACCAUAAUCACUUCACAGCUGCAGAACUCUUUUACUCUCAGAAGCAAGAGAUUAGUUUCAAGGUCGCGAUAACAUACUAUGCACUGCAAAGGUACUACAAACAACCGUCUCAGCAACAGAACAUAGAGACAAAGAAGAAGCACAAAAAGGCAGAUCUUGAAGUAAGCAGUGCAAGAAAUGAUGGUGCAAUGUACGAGGUUCAUCUUCUAGUCGCGGUUCUUGUCGCAACCGUAGCUUUUGCUGCAGCAUUUCAGUUACCUGGCGGUUACAAACCUGAUGGUACACCUGCAUUGAUGGACGAACCAGCUUUCAAAUGUUUCUUGGUGUUCGACACAAUCGCCUUCUGCUUCUCUGUAACCACAGUCUAUUUCUUGUUCUACGCUUCGAGAGACGGGUAUCGCGCCCGCUCUGCUUUCCUCUACAUGUCUGCUCUGUUAAUGGUUGUGUCGCUGAUCGCAAUGGCGUCUGCGUUUGUGUCAGGGAUGUAUCUGAUUUCGGCCAAGUCGAGAGGAUUAGCCAUCAUACCUUUCUUAAUGGCUGGUUUCUUCGUCUUGCAUGGUUUCAUAUACUGGUUCAUCGACCCACGAGGCAGCUACGUCCUUGGUCUCGAACGACCUCGCCGGUUUUUAAGGAAAUUAGUCUAUGGUAACUCAUUGUUUCAUAAUUUGGUACAUGAAUGAGUUUCUGUGUGGGAAUUGUUAUAUGAAUCAAAAUAUAAUCACAUAAAUACUUUGUAAA